ACCUUCUCCAUCGCCAUCGCCAUCAUGACCUCCCAUCAAUCAUCGUCGAAUCCCUGCUUCUUCGAGAGCCUUCCAAACGAGCUUGUGGACGACAUAUUUGUUCAUUGUCUACCGGAAGAGCCCUCCAUUGUCUCGUCUAUUGAUGCCCCUCUCCUCUUUCUCGCGGUCUGCAAGCGGUGGAAGGAGAUAGCCUUAGCAUCGACGCUUCUGUGGAAGAAGGUGUACGUCAACAUAGCACAAGAGUUCAAAGAUCCAUCAGCCGAUAGCGAGAAAAGCAUACGGAGAAUACUUUCGCUUCUCAAAAGGUGGUUCCAGGUGUCUGCAACGGCGGGGCCGGAGCGUACGUUUCAGGUCGACGUUGUCGUUCGUCACGACAUGUACAAUCUAGCGAGCCCAUACCCAGACGCAAUCUUUUGCACCCUCCGUCAGCCUGCGUUCCUUCAUCGCAUCCGCUCAAUCGAGUCGUACGGCGUACUCGUUUUUUGCAAGGAGGAUCGUCGCCCACACAUCCCCACGCCUAGCAGCGCCGCCUGGGACGCUCUUGUCCAAGACCUGUCCUCUCUCCAGACCGUCUCGCACAUCGGACGCUUUGACACGCCUCAUUUAGGACAGUGGAUUCCCCCACGAGAGGAGUACCAACGUGCACGGAUCGUCACCGGCGCUUCAAGCCCAACCCCGGGCCCUGCUCUCCUCGUAGACUCUUUCAUGGCGGAUUCUUUUGUCCACACAUGGCACGAAGACCCGAUGACGAUGCUGCAACGCUUCGUUCCCGUCCCGUGGAACUCCCUGACCACGCUCUCCUUGCGCAACACCAUCAUACGCGACGAAGCGUGGUAUCACCGCCUUCUCAAAUCCAUCACACAACUUCCCGCGCUCGAGUCCCUCACUCUCCACCUCUCCGGGUUCAACACUAACGGGCCUCACUGGGAACCCUUCGUCAUGCCACGUUUGACCCAUCUCGAGGUCGUCGGUAACCCGGCGUACAUAGAUAUCGACUACCGCCUCGCGGGGUUUCUCCGUGCGCUCCGCCCUCCUGCUUUGCAACGUCUUGUUGUUAGCCGACAGGAGGAUUCGUGUGUGCAACAUGGCGCCAUCAUGACCAUCUGGCUCAGGGACCUCCUCGACUCCGCGCCGUCGCUCACCUCGCUCGAGAUCAGCGACCCUUACGUUGAGCCUGGAGAUAUAUGGCGCGGCUUGGUCGAGCGGCCGCUGACGCGGUUCAGCCUCCGCGUGUACCCCGCGUACGCUCCUGUCUUAAGACAGCUGGCGAAUCCGUUGGUGUGUCCUACCUUAGAGGCUAUCGAGUUGGAGGUAGUCCAUCCGACGAAGGAGGAAUUGGAGCUAGCUUGGGAUAUUGAGGCGAAAAGACGCGUGGCUAAGGGCGGUGUGCUCACAGAGUUUGUGCUGACGAGUUGCGGGAAUGAUGAGACGUCUUGAAAAAAAGGCUUCGUACCCUUGGCUUUAGUUUU